CUUUUCUUUCUUUCUUUUUUUUAUUUUUUUUUAUUAUUUUUAAUUUUUUUUUGUUUUAUUUCUGAAUAGUGGAUUGAUACUGAUUUGAAACUAAAGUUUUUGGAAAAAGUUUUUGACAUGACAUCAGUAAUACAAGAAGAAGAAAAGUAGAACCCCAAGUUUGGCAUGUGAGGUGUUGAAAGCAGGUUUGCAGCCACUUUGUAAGUUCUGGGUUUUACCUUUAAAACCUUUGACAACAGAAGGGUUGAUGGUGGAAAUUUUGCACAGUUUCCUUCUGGGUUUGCCCUGAAAUUGUUCUUCUGUAUCUAGGGGUUCAAAUAAACCAAUUAACAUACAAAAUCUCAUCAAGAAAAUGACGUGUUGGAUAAAUUAAUACAUUUAUUAAAAGUUGUACUUCACAUAUUAAACUUAUACACCACCUAAUUCUCACCCUGGGGUGAGUUUUCAGUUUGGACACUUGUUUUCUGCACAGAGUGUAGGGGAUUACGUGGGAUGCAGGGGAGGCCCUGAGAGAAAAAUUAGUUCUUUAAUGGCUUUUUGCUUGUCCUGGCUGUCCAAGCACAGGUGGCUGAAAAACCUGUGAAACCAGAAAUAUCUCCAGUUUAUUUGCCUUUGCAAUUUUAAACUCUCCAGCCUGGGAAAUUACUUACUUUUGCAAUUAAAAAAAAAAAAGUUCGUCAGGACACUGUUUGUUUCUUUUUGAGGACUUGAUAAUCCUUGUUGUAUUUAAGGAUAUUUGAAAAGAAUGAACAAGAAUUUCAUGAUUGGCUCCACAGAAAUGUUACCUAAAAAGACUCUCUCAGUGCCAAGUAGUGAUUUUUUUUUUCUCUCCUGCCUUUCAGACCUUUUUCUUAGAGGCUGAAUGCCUUGUUUGUCUUCACAAGAGAGUAGGAUAUGGAAAAUCUGUCAUUGCCUUAGUUGCUAAUGCAGGAGGUAAAAAAUUUUUGUUUUAUGGUACUGGAAGGAAAAAGCCUGCCCUGGUUUCCUCACAGGGAGCAAACCUCUUUACUAUGUGUUCCCUUAGUUUUAGGCCUGAUAUUCUGCCUCUUUUAGGGAGAAAAAGCUUGUAGGACAGGCAACAAAAUCUGAAUUACUUAUUUCAGUUCCUUUACGUGUUAUAGCGAUGGCAACAAAGAGAUUCGGGAGGUUUAGUUUCAACAGUGAUCACAGUUGCUCUAAUGUGAAAUAUUCCUUUCUCUCAUUUUUUAUUGAAAAAAGGAAAAUACCCACUUUGUGAUGCUGGUGAACAUUCCAUUUCUAAUCCUGAGGCUGCACAUUUGCCAUGACAAGCACUUGGCUUCUCUUCAGUGUUGUUGCUCUGAAAGCAAGUUUGAUUUUGAGGCUGUGUUAAAUUAAAUAUAUUCAAUCUUCUAUUGCAAAAUGUACCUACUCAUCUAAAAACCAUAUAUAUCUUUGUCAUUGCACGCACUGUUAAAUUGCAAAUAAAAGAGCCACCUGUAACAAUUCCCAUUAAUGCGUCUAAAGAAAGUAAAAUAACAGGAGCGCUCAAAGUAUGUGGCAAAGGUGUGUGUGUAUGCUCUCACCUUUUAAAGCAGCACCAGCUAAGUUAGAAUAACUGAGAGAUUUUUUUUUUUCCCCCAAGAAAUCUCCAUUGGGUGUCAGAUACAAAUGUCCCUGGCUUUGGAAUAAAAUGAGAAAACGAAAUGGGAGCCAUGUAAAAUACAGUUAAUUCAUUACAGUAACUUGGUGAAUUCUUAUUUGAUUGACCCAAUUUAUUUAUUAGUUCAAAGGAAGAUGAGUUGGCUCAAGGCCUGCAGACUGAGAAAACAUAGAUUUCGUUAUGUUUCUUAGUAUUUGCAUAACUUAAAAUGUUACUGAAGCAAUUACUAAUUUAUCCCCCCAAACAGAUUUUAAAUUUGUGUCUUUGACUGUUCCAAUACAGCCAGUUUAUUCCAUUUGCUAUAAUAUUUAUCAUACUUUCUUAUAUAUGUUUACUUAUUUUAACUGAGGAUACAGUGGCCUUUACAUUCUUUAAAACACUUGCAUAUUUAUGGCUGGUAAUGGCAGUACUUUAUUAUAUAAGGCUAAAGAGAGGUUUUCUUGCCAUUACUGCUUAAUUUGGGAUUAUUUCCAUAAUCUAAUUUUGUCAUUCCAGAGGGGUGUCUCUGGUAAAUGGAGGAGAGUAUAACCAGUUUAUAAUGGACAAUGUUUAUUUAAUUUUAAAAAGUAUAAAACCCCACAUACACAUAUUCAUACAUAUAAAUUCUUCUUAGCUUCUAGGGAAAAAAAAAGGCAGAGAAACUGUUUUGGAGAGGGGUAGUGAAUGGUAACACCUUCAGUAUUGCACAGUGCUGCACCCUAAAACAGCACUGCCAUCACGAGCUCUUUUAGCUUUGUGCUCAAAAGCGUUUUAUUUAGUGAUGUAUUUAUUUUUUUCCCUAGGAAAGUGAGGGAAAAGUGCAAUCCUGGCCAGGAGAUGCAUUGAAGCACUUGCUGAGCGGGGUGAGCUCAGUGCUUGCUGUGCCUGUUCCAUGCAGAACAUGUUCUGGUUCUCUUUGAGGGUGUCAAUGAUGAAUGGAAACUAAUUCAAUUUACCAAAACAAACAUCCCCAAUAGCAACGGGCUUUCUCAACUCAAAGUGGCUGCAAAUCAGCUCCUAAAUAUUGUCACUGAAAUGAAUAUCUAGAUUUAAUAGUUCUUGCCAAUCCUAUAACUGUUUUUGAAAGAAGCAUUGCAUUAAUGCAUGAUAUAGAAAGGAGAAAUUUGCCUUUAAAUUGGAAUGCAAAGUGACUGAAUUGUCCAGUUUCAGCCACUGUAUUUGCCAAAGAACAAACUGGGAAAUGGAACUGGUAUCAUUCAGCUGCUCCUGGUUCAUUGAGAGGUUUGGGGAAGGUGAUAAAAGCAGAAUAGUUUAUCGAUAAACUGUAAUGGCCACUAAAUUUUAGUCUGAAGUGAUGUAGCUUUGCUUUUACAUUCGUUUAGCACAGAAAAGCUGUAAAAAAAACAGUUUAAAAAUUCUUUAUCAUCAGUCAUUGAUACCACCAGUCAUUCCAAGUAGGUGGAUUUAUGGUAAGGUUGGCUGAGUUUUACUGUUAACUAAAUAUAUAUCGUGGCUGAAAAUACUUUAUUCUGCUACUUUUAACUAGGUAAAAUGGGAUAAAAUAGUCUGACUGUCCCUAAACCUUUUAGACUUGGGAGUUUAACAUAAUAUUUUGGAUUUUAAAAAAAUCCCACGCAGCAAAAAGGAAAACAUCAUAUUCUUCUUAAUGAUAGGGAUUACCUGCCUGACAGCAGUAACUAGCUGAACAAACACAUUGUAUAAUUAUGUAUACAUUUAAUGUACAAUGUGUUCCAAAAUUAGGUUAUUUCAGUGGUUCUGGUUUAUCAGGUGUGGGCAGCAGUGCAGAAAUACAUAAACCAGGAUGAUCUUCCCCCAAGAAGCUGCAAUCUGACUAUAAAGUUCAGUUCAGUUAUUCCUCAGUGAGCUACAGGUGAUUGAAAUAAAUAAAUAAAUAAAUAAAGCCCUACAUUUGCCCAUCCUGCUUCCUCUGGAAUGUUUAACCCAUGUAUUCAGCUGAUUUGUCCAUUAAAAUUCUUCCUUGGCAGCAGUUAUGGUGUUCUCCAGAAAUCUUCAGGGGUUUGUUUUAAUAAUUUCUAAACCAGAUUGAGCUGUGAGACCUCUGGAGACUUCACACGGUGUUGGAAAUCUCCUGCUUAAUAGGAAUUUUUCAGAGGUCUGUCCCAAGCUGUCUCUGUGUAUGGGACUGUAAAGUCUGAGAGAAAUCAGUCUCAGUGACUGGAAAAGUCAAAUUACAGAAAUUCCCUGUCCUUGGAUCAGUGUGUCACCAACACAGAUGUUUCAGCCCUGUUUUGAACCUUCACAAUCCACAGCUCACUCAUAGUGACUGAUACCAGUUCCAUUUUGCCUACCAACUCAGUUGAUUUUAUAUUUUAUUUCUCAUUUAUGAUGGAAUAAUCAGCAGCUCUUUUUCUCAUUUAUUUUCUCAUAUUUUUAUUCCAGGAUUUGCCUCUGAAGCAGGGAGUGUCUGCAUUAAAAAUGACCUGUAGUUCUCUGCUUCAUAGAUGCUUCUUCAGCUCCUUCCUCUUCCUCCAUGGGCGGUGCUUGCAGCUCCUUUACCACCUCUUCCAGUCCUACCAUUUACUCUACCUCAGUCACCGACAGCAAGGCUAUGCAAGUGGAGAGCUGCUCCUCAGCCGUGGGGAGCAUCAGAGAACCAGAAGGGAGCUGGAGGGAAGAAGACCCCAAUGUUGUGUGGUCAGUAUCCGACUAAGAGUGAGGGGAAGGAACUGAAGAUUGUGGUGCAGCCGGAGACCCAGCACAGGGCUCGUUAUCUGACUGAGGGCAGCCGGGGCUCUGUGAAGGACCGGACACAGCAGGGCUUUCCCACGGUGAAGCUGGAGGGUCACAACGAGCCGGUGGUGCUGCAGGUGUUUGUGGGGAACGACUCCGGGCGUGUGAAGCCGCACGGGUUCUACCAGGCCUGCAGAGUCACUGGGAGAAACACCACCCCCUGCAAGGAGGUGGAUAUAGAGGGGACCACAGUCAUCGAGGUUGGGCUGGACCCAAGCAACAACAUGACACUGGCGGUUGAUUGUGUGGGAAUCCUGAAGCUGAGGAAUGCUGAUGUUGAAGCCAGGAUAGGGAUUGCCGGGUCCAAGAAGAAGAGCACACGCGCCCGGCUGGUCUUUCGCGUCAACAUCACGCGCAAGGACGGCUCCACUCUGACCCUGCAGACGCCUUCUUCCCCCAUUCUGUGCACUCAACCAGCGGGAGUUCCAGAGAUCCUAAAGAAAAGUCUCCACAGCUGUUCAGUGAAGGGUGAAGAGGAAGUUUUUCUGAUUGGCAAGAACUUCCUAAAGGGAACAAAAGUGAUUUUCCAAGAGAAUGUUUCUGAUGAGAAUUCCUGGAAGGCAGAAGCUGAAAUAGAUAUGGAAUUAUUUCAUCAGAAUCACCUUAUUGUGAAGGUGCCACCAUAUCACGACCAGCAAAUAACCUCAGCUGUUUCUGUGGGAAUAUAUGUGGUGACCAACGCUGGGAGAUCUCACGAUGUGCAGCCCUUUACCUACACUCCAGAUCCAGCAGCUGGGACUCUGAAUGUUAAUGUGAAGAAGGAAAUCUCCAGCCCAGCCCAACAUUGUUCUUUUGAAGAGGCUAUAAAAGCAGUGAAGGCCUCAGGCUGUAACCUGGAGAAGGUGAACAUUCUUCCUAGUGCCUUGAUAACUCCACUCAUGCCAAGCAGUAUGAUUAAGAACGAAGAUGUGGCUCCAAUGGAAGUAAGUGCAGAAAAACGCUCUCCCCCCACGUUCCAGGCUUCAAAUGUGGUUGGACCAACUCAACAAACAUUGGAAAACAGCAUGUCUGGCAUAUCAACUUCUGCUUCCCAUUUACCUUCUGAAAGUGAAAACCAGCAGCAAAUCCAGCCCAAGGUGUACAACCCAGAGCCCCUGACCACGAUCCAGACCCAGGACAUUUCCCAGCCUGGCAGCUUCUCAGCAGUGUCCACUCCGGGGCAGCUGCAGAACAGCGACGCGUUACUGCAGCAAGCUGCCCAGUUCCAAACGAGGGAUUCCCAGACCAGGGAAGUGCUGCAGUCGGAUGGCACAGUAGUGACUCUGUCACAGUUGACUGAUGCAUCACAACAACAACAGUCCACGCUCUCAGAGCCAGCACAGGCCUUGCAGCAGCAGAUUUCAUCCAGUAUCUUCUCAUCGGCCAGCGGCGUGAGUCAGUUACAGAACACGAUACAGCAGCUCCAGGCUGGGAAUUUUCCGACCAACACUGCCACUGGUAGCAAUAGGAACGUUGACUUGGUGCAGCAGGUUUUGGAAGCUCAGCAGCAGUUAUCUUCCGUUCUGUUCUCUGGUUCAGACAGCAGUGAGGAUGUCCAAGAUCAGCUGAACGCAGAUAUCUUUCAGCAGGUCAGCCAGAUACAGAAUAGUGUAAAUCCUGGGAUAUUUUCCUCCUCAGACACAGCUGUCCAUUCCAGAGCGGAGAACCUUUUGCCUGGGCGAGCUGAGAACGUUCACUCUCAGCCUGAGAACUCCCUGUCCAACCCCCAGCAGCAGCAGCAGCAGCAGCAGCAGGCGAUGGAGACGUCGGCGGCGAUGGUGAUCGGGAUCCAGCAGAACAUGUGCCCGGCGGCCACGCCGAUGCAGUCGGAUCUGUUCUCCUCCACAACAUCGGGGAACGGAGCCCUGCAGCAGUCCCCGGUGUACCAGCAGGCUUCUCACAUGAUGGGUGGGUUAUCAACUAAUGAAGACAUGCAAAUGCAGUGUGAAUUAUUCUCCUCAUCCCCCGGUGUCUCGGGGAGCGAGGCGGCUGCCCCUGCUCAGCAGCAGGUCUCCAACAACGGCCCUGCCAUGUUCCAGGCAUCCAAUUCUGCAGAUGGAGAAGAGGCUUCAGGACAGAGUAAGCAGAUGCAGAGCUCUGUGUUUCAAACCAUGGUUCAGAUGCAGCACAGUGGGGAAAGUCAGUCCCAGGUUAAUCUCUUCUCAUCUACCAAAACCAUGAUGAGUGUCCAGGCGAGUGGGACUCAGCAGCAAGGGGGGGGCCUGUUCCAGCAAGGUGGGGAAAUGAUGUCGAUCCAGUCAGGAAGCUUCAUGCAGCAGUCUCCACACUCACAGGCUCAGCUUUUCCACUCUCAGAAUCCUAUUGGUGAUACUCAGAAUAUAUCCCAGGAAACACAAGGCUCUCUUUUUCAUAGCUCAAAUUCCAUUGUCCACAACCAGACCAACACUAACUCCUCUGACCAACUGCAGCCCCCGAUGUUCCACUCUCAGAAUGCCAUGGGUGUCUUGCAGAGCUCCUCGGUUCCUCAAGACCAGCAGUCUGCCAACAUGUUCCUCUCCCAGAGUUCCAUGAGCAACCCUGCCACUCAGGAAGAACAGAUGUCAUUCUUUACAAGCCCAAAUUCCAUUUCUUCUCUUCAGACAGCAACAAACACUGAACAGCAGACUUCUUUCCAGCAGCAGACCCAGAUAUCUCAUAUCCAGAGUUCCAUGCUUCCCCAGGAGCAGCCUCAGACCCAGCCUGCUCAGCAGGGUUUGUUUCAGUCUCAAGUGUCGUUGGGCUCCAUCCAGUCCAGCUCCAUCCCUCAGAACCAACAAGGAGCCAUCUUCCAACCUCAGCAUUCGAUCGUUGCUAUCCAGAGCAGUCCUCCAGCGCAAGAACAGCAGCAGCAGCAGCAGCAGAACAUGAUGUUCAGCAAUCAAAGUGCAAUGGGUACCAUGGCCUCUCAAAAGCAGAACAUGAUUUUCAGUCCCAAUCAAAACCCAGUUACCAACCAGGAGCAGCAAGGCCAGUCCAUUUUCCAUCCACAGACGAACAUGGCAUCGAUGAACCAGGAGCAGCAGCCCAUGCAAUUCCAGAGUCAGACCCCAGUGUCUUCUCUCCAGAAUCCUGGCUCCAACCAGGCCGAAGCACAGCAGCCAACCAUCUUCCAUAACUCGCCCCAGAUUCAGCUGGUCCAAGGGUCCCCAAGUUCUCAAGAGCAACAAGUCACCCUGUUCAUCUCCUCAGCUUCCAUGUCUGCCCUGCAGAACAGCAUGAGCCAGCCGGAGCUGCAGCAGUCUCCCAUGUACUCCUCUCAGAACAGCAUGGCGGGAAUGCCAGGAACUGCCUCUCCUCCCCAGCAACAGGCCCCUUUGUUCCACAACACAGCAGGAGGUGCCAUCAACCAGCUGCAGAAUUCCCCUGCGUCAUCCCAGCAGACAUCAGGAAUAUUCCUGUUUGGCAUCCAAAACAACUGUGGCCAGCUGCUCACCUCGGGGCCAGCCCCACUGCCAGAGGAGCUGAUGGCCAUGGGCCAGCCCGGGCAGCCCCAGGGUGAGGGGCAGGCGGCGGUGCCGGCGCUCCUGUCCCAGCAGAUCUCGGAGCCGGCGCCGCUGCCGCCGGCGAUGGCACCCAACCAGAACAUGGAGAAAAUUGAUGAUCUGCUCGUGUCCUUGCAAAACCAGGGGAACAACAUGGCUGGCUCCUUCUAAUCUGGCAAAAAUUCUGUGAAGAAAAAAAACCGACGAUUUCCCAGAUCCUCUCAGACCUUCCGACUCUGGAUUAGGCUGCGUGGAACUGAUUGCUUCUGUGGAAAAGUGGCCCUCUCUAAAGAGCACACACGUGGCCAGUGGCAGACCUGGGGCCACAGCCAUGGAAUUUGGGCUCUGUAGUGCCAAUAAUGCUGAGGAGUUAUGCUUUGUGUUACUGGGGCAUGGGAUUGGGCUGUUACCAGGUUCCUAAACCUCAUUACCGUGGGGGCUCUUUGAAUUUAAAGCAUAUCUGGUCAGUUAUUAUUGUUGUUAGAAGGUAAUCCAUGUUACCAUGUUUACUUUUUUCCCCUUCUCUUCCUUCUUCACAUCCCCUCUUUUGCCUAGGAAAGCUCAUGAAGCAGGAACAGCAGUUUCCUCUGACAUGAGCUGUGUCUCAGCUGUCAGUAAGUGAUGGAAUCUCACAAUUGACAUGGAGUGGGACAGCCAAAUCUGCGAUUUAUUAAUUGAAAAUAUUGAUAUAACCAAGCAGAGAAUUGUUGCUAUAGAUAGCCAGAGGUGAGCAAUUCCCAUCUGAGAAUGGGAUUAACAAUUUUCCACAUCUCUUAGCUGUACAUAGAGCAAGGGUCUGGUGGCUCUGCAGAAUGAAGAAAUGAAGGGGAACUUCCAGUUGCUCUUAAAAUUUUCUCCUCUAAAACACCUUCAGCUUGUAAAGAACAUUCUGGCUGAGGAAGGAACUCCUCUGUGUCUCUCACUCUGACUGAUGGGUUAGAGCUCUGUAAAGUCUCAUUAGCUGUUCCCAAACCAGCCUUCUCCCUUUCAUCCUUUCCAUGGUUUUCCUUUUCUCCCUCAGUUUCAUACUGUGUUUUUAAAGAAAAGACAUAAAUAUCCUACUGGCUUUAAAGCUCAGAAGCAGCUUUUAGGAAUCCUUGGCAGUAAAUUGCUUAGUCAGUAGAAGCUUUGAUAAAUAAUCAAGGAGUAAGGAGGGAGGAAGCAAUUUUCCCACCACCUUCUAAACGCAGGAAUCCCCCUUAACCUGCCAUUUUCCAGCUGUGACUGAUGGAAAUCUUCAGCUUGGCUUUACUCCAAGUAGGGGGCAAAUUGCAUCAUUUUUAAGCCUUCUUAAAACAUCACUUCGUCCUGAGCUGUUGCAUCUUUGUAGCACGUGGAGCUCAUUGCAGUUCUGAAGUGAUUUUUCCUUUUUCUACCACCAAGCCCCAAGUCUGGUUUCUAGAUUGUCGUGUUUAAUUCAGAAAUAACUCAUUGACUAUUGUUACCGAAUGUAAAAACAACCCACUCCAGACCAUGCAGGUGUAUUGUGAGGCAUGUGAAUUUUUUGGGUGCUUCAACUCUCGGGACAGUUUGUGAUCUCUCACUAAAGCCUCGCUCAGAUCCGUGUUCUCCUCCCGCUCCCCGGGCGGCCGUAACGCCUCGUAGAGUGUAGUUGGUGUCACGUCAUUUUUCAUUUUUGUUAUUUGAAAUAACAAAAGAACAGUCUGUAAAUGGUUUUUUUUUUUUUAAGUUCCUCGAGUCUGUUUACUGUGUGUUUUCCCCUUAACUUGUGUGCGUAGUUGAGCCGUGUAGAGUUUUUGUUGGUUUUCCUGGAUUUUCCCUGUUUGUGGGUCUGUCACGACGUUCACUUUCUCUUUCUGUCUCUCUCUUUCUCUCUCUCAUUGAGAGGCAUUGAAUUACGUUUUCAGUAGUAAGGCUUCUUGCCGAUAUGAAGGGAACUUUUCAGAAAGAGACCUGCUCUGGGUCAUUUAAUUUUGAAUACAGUUUUCAAUCGUUCAAGUU